AUGAAAUUCUUGGCUGCUCUGUCCCUUUUCUCGCUGGCUUCGGCCAUUCCUCUCAAACAGCGCCAAUCCGACGAUGCGCCCUUCACUCUGAACCUCCGCUGGUCCAACAGCCCUCUGAGCGGACCCAUCAACGCUAACGGCAGCCAAUUCUGGCACGGCAAGGACACCGCAUCCUUCUGCCCUGAGAACAUCCCCGGAUGCAAGACAGUCAACACCACUUCGUUUGUCGGACGCGAUGGCCAAUUGUUCCUCAACACCGGAGUUCCCGGUGGCCAGCAGGUCUACGUCUCCCCCACCGGCCUGCUCACCUACACCGUUCCGCAUAGCGCGAACAUCCCCGAAGGGUCCUUGACGGAUCUCGAGGUGUUCUCGACCAACAACUUCAUCAACCCGUUCUUGACCUUCCACCUCUGCAGCGUGGACCAGGAGGACACUCAGUGGCAUCUUGUUCUCGAGUACACCAAUGCUACGACUGGCUCGAUCGUCAACAGUGGCUACACGGAGAACAAUGCUUGCACGCGCGUCUCCCUCGAAGCUGUUCCCUACGAGGGUGACACUGCUUGGGAAUUCUCGUAG